CAGAUGAGAACCCUGGAGGCUGCCAAGCUCCAGAACUCUGCCGAGCUCCUCGAUACCGUCGAGCAGGCGGAAAAGCAGACCAACGCCAAGAUUGCGCUCGACAGCUCCCUCUUGGCCGCCGCCUCCAAGUUCCAGCAGGAUGUUGGCAGCGAGAAUCUCGGAAGGGAUGUUCCUGUUGAUGUCAAGCAUGUGGCUCAGGAGCUGCGGAGAGCUGAGAAGUCCAUCGGGCCCAUCAGGGCAGCAGUCAAGUCCGCGUCCUCCUUGUACUCCGAGGAGAGGCAGAAGUGGAAGGCUGGAGAAACCCUCGUGAAGAAGCAGCUCCUUUCCAAGUCCUUUGUGGAUCCAGGAAGCGAUAUCGAGAGCUCCCAGUGGAACAAGGACUUGAAUGCUGCAGACAUGAUGCCGAAGAAGGAGUCAAACGCCGUGAGGAUGUCGGCGAUGAGCGAUGGAAGGCUGGAGGACAUGGAGAAGAAGGUCUACAGCUCCGAGAGGAAGCAGCUCAAGAAUCUCAAGCAGAACCUCCACGAGAUGAAGGCGGCCAGAAUCGCCAACGCUGGAUUGGUCGGGGUGCAGAUGGCCAAGGCUGCUACCAGGAGCACGGCUGAAGCAAACCUUCUGGCCGCUGAGAGGAAGUAUGUCUCUACCAUGAACAAGAUCGGCACCAGACAGUCGGCCGUCGGCCAGGAUGCCUCCAGCCUGGAGCUGCAGAUCCAGAAGAAGAGAGCCCAGGCUGAGGCGCUCACUAAGUCCUCGGCAGCUGCUGUUGCCAUCCUUGGAAGGUACGGCAUGUCCCUCAAGGACGUCGCAGCAUCGCAGUCGUCGCUUCCUGCAAGCACUACGAGUUCACCCAAGGUGUCGAGUGCCGUUCAGCAUGGGAAAGCUGAGCCCUCAGGGAAGCAGGCGGUGAGUGGAGCGGCACAGGGCUGGUUCAAGCUGUGGUGAGAAAGGGCGAGAAAGUAUCAGAGAGAUGGUGUUUGACUUGUAUACUUUGAUGAGAUGGGAUUGAAUAACGAAAGACAUGCGGUAG